AUGAUUUUUGUCAUUAUCGCGUACACUAUAAUAAACUCGCUUGUGUAUGACAUGAUAAUGUCUAUAUUAUUCAAUAACAAUGAGCGAACAGAUAAGUGUAAAAUAUGUAAUAGAGCUUACAUUCUGGUUAUCCUAAAAAACAAGAGGUUAAGAAGAUCGAACAAUCCUUUAUAUCUGUUACUUUCCAUAUCUGAUUUGAUAGUUGCUGUAAGUCUAACUGUAAUUUAUGGAAUACAGAUCACAGAAUACCUGAACAACACAUCAACACGCAUUGCAUCAAUCUGGUCAUUAGUCGUUCAUAGUUUCGUCAACAUGUCUAUUUCAGCCAUUAUAUUGAUCCAACUGGAGUUGUAUUUAGCCGUAUUUAAACCGUUUGCAUACAAAACAAUUUUAAGGAAAAAAACAUUACCCAUACUGUUGAUUUUAGCCUGGAUUCCAUCUAUAAUAAUGCCUUCUGUUAUAUUUUUUAAUAAAUCAAUAUUUCAAGAUAUUGUCCGAACUGCAAUCACCGUUUACGAAUUUUUCUCUCUACUGCUUGUAGCGUUUUGUCAAAAGAAAGUGAUUAAAUAUAUUAGAAAAAAUGAUCACACUAGGCGAGGAAGAAAGUUAAGCCAAGUAGCUGCCCAAAUAUUGGUUGUUUAUGGAGUUUCUGCAGUUGCAGGCUUUGUAGGAAGUAUAGUUAACCAAUUCAACUUAGCAACACAAGUUAUUAAUGACAGCGUGUAUGAAUGGUGCAUGUUUGCAGUCUUAACAAAUACAUUAUGGGACACGUGUAUUUACGGAUUACGUUAUGUUGUCGUUAGAAAUGAACUUUUGAAAGUAUUUCCAUGUUUUCGGAUUUGUGCUAAAAGUAGCAAGAAUAAGGUAGCUAAUUUCGCGGAGCCGCUACCCUGGAACCAAAUGCGUAGAAAUGGAGUGCGAAAAUAACAUAUUGAUUUAUUCACGAACAAAUUUAAACAGGUAUGAGAGAUAUGUAACCUUUUUGAGUUUUUCCUGAUAAAAUAAAAAACUCAAUCAAUGCAAAGAAUAAUUUGAAAAAUUUCCACAAUAUCUUUUUACUACUAAAUUACGUACACUUUUUUUUUCGGCAUUUGUUUUCAACAGGAAGACAAAAGCAUAUCAAAGGCAU